ACACGCGGCCGGAGCGCCCCCUUGGCGGAUUACUUAAAAUGGCGAUACGGGGCGGGGCCGUCGGGCGCGGGGCACGCUGGGGCCGGCGCGCGGGCUGCCGGGAACGGGGCGGAGCGCGGCCGCGCCGGCGCGUCGAGGGGGAGAGGCAGCCGCCGAGAUGGACGUGUUCCUCAUGAUCCGGCGCCACAAGACCACCAUCUUCACGGACGCCAAGGAGUCGAGCACCGUGUUCGAGCUGAAGCGCAUCGUCGAGGGUAUCCUCAAGCGGCCGCCGGAUGAGCAGCGGCUGUACAAGGACGACCAGCUUCUGGACGACGGCAAGACGUUGGGCGAGUGUGGCUUCACCAGUCAGACAGCACGGCCUCAGGCCCCUGCCACUGUGGGGCUAGCCUUCAGGGCAGGUGAAAACUGUCACAGUGCAGUGAGGUGGUUUUUCCCCAUGACCCCCAGCUGUGGCAUACGUUGUGGUGACUGCACCUUGGGUGGCAGCACCUCAGAUGAGGCGUUCGAGGCCCUGCGCAUCGAGCCCUUUUCCAGCCCACCUGAGCUGCCGGAUGUGAUGAAGCCACAGGACUCAGGAAGCAGCGCCAACGAACAGGCUGUGCAGUGAGAGGUCUCCCCACCUGUCCCCUCUCAAUAAAAGAUUUGGGUGUCCA